AUGGACAAUCUUUAUCCUUCUUCAACUGACCCAUUAUUACUUAGUUCUUCAAAUGAAGAAUCUCCAGAACAAAUUGAACAAAAAAAUAAAUAUCUACAAGCAAUAACCUCAACUCCAAACAAUAAUCACCAACACAUUCAUUUUAAAAUUGGUGAUGAAACUGAUCAAGAACCUUUAGAUAACGAAAUGAGUACUUCAUUGGCUACUUUAAUUGCUAAUAAGGUGGGGGGAAUAUUUUAA